CAGCACGGAGUUGAGGGGUGCAGACCUGGGGAGGUCUCCUGGGGGCAGGGCAUGAGUCCUGGUGCUGGGUGAACACUGGCAGCUUGGACCCUUCCCUCUGGAAAUCUGGGGAGCCUUUCUUGUCAAAACAGCCUAUUCUGAAUAACCUAUGCAGGAAAAGGAAGAUGGAUUUUUAUUUUUACCAUAACUUUAAAGCUUCAAAGAUUUCUUAACACGUCACCAAGUCUGUUCAAAGUCAAAAAGGGCAUUUUCAAUUUCAUCCAAGUCCCCUAAAGCAUGUUUAUUUUUAUUUUUAUUUGUAUUUGAAAUGGAGUCUUGCUCUGGCACCCAGGCUGGAGUGUAGGGGUGCGAUCUCGGCUCACUGUAACCUUUGCCUCCUGGGUUCAAAGUGAUUCUCAUGCCUCAGCCUCCUGAGUAGCUGGGAUUACAGGCACCCACCACCAUGCCCGACUAAUUUUUGUAUUUUUAGCAGAGACGGGGUUUCGCCAUUUUGGCCAGGCUGGUCUCAAACUCCUGACCUCAAGUGAUCCAUUCUUCUUGGCCUCCCAAAGUGCUGGGAUUACAGGCGUGAACCACUGCACCUGGUCCCGAAGUGUAUGUUGUAUUCAGAGGUCAGCAGCUAUGUGUGGGGAGGCCCAGCCAGGCCCCACUCAUGGGUCAUCGUGUGAAAAAGUCUUGCCUGAGUUUGUGUCCUCUUUCUAAAUGGCAGCAGACGCGUAUUUUGUUUUUGGCUCUGCAGCUGGUGUGGACCACCUGCUUUGACCUUUCACUAGCCUCUGAGUUUUUUAUGAUUCCUGUUGGGAGAAAAGCUGAGUGUUGGGAGAGAAGCUGAGGCAGGGCUUGCUAGAUUUGCUGGCUCCUUGCUUCUAGCACUCCCAUUAUCUCAAGUAGCCAUAUGUUUCUCAUUCACUUGAUACACCGUUUCCUUUCAACCUCCACAUCCUCACCACCUGUUUCUUUGUUAGAUCACCAAUAAAUAGCGUGGGCUCCCAGAACUCGGGGCCUUCGCAGCCUUCACACUCGCGAUAGCGCCCUGCUCCUAUUUUCUCUCUCGAACUGUCUCUUUCUCAUUCCUUUGACUCCGCUGGACUUGCCGCCCCCGUGACCUGGUGUUGGGUCUCAUCAUCCCAACAGAUUCCCAUUCUAAAGAUGAGGGAACCAAGAGGUGGAAGUUCAUGCCGUGGAGGAAGUGGUGAAGGAGGUGGUGGGACAUGCCAAGGAGACUGGAGAGAAAGCCAUUGCUGAAGACAUAAAGAAAGCCCAAGAGUCAGGGGACAAAAAGAUGAAGGAAAUCACCGAGACAGUGACCAACACAGUCACAAAUGCCAUCACCCAUGCAGCAGAAAGUCUGGACAAACUUGGACACUACAGCUGAACCUUAUAUCCUGGUUUGGUUCCUGAUGACUUUCAAAUUCUCCUGACCCAAACGCAAGCUCAGAAGCACAAGCACAUUGUUGGUGGCAGUACAGACUGAAACACCCUCUUUGGAUGGCAGUUCCUCUCACAGGACUUUAUUCUCCAGCUGCAGGAGCCAGACGUGUGGAGUCCCAGCAGAGGCCAACCUGUGUCUCUUCAUCUCCCUGGGAAAGGUGCCCCCGAGGUGAAAGAGAUGGCCUGGUGGAAAGCCUGGAUUGAACAGGAGGGUGUCACAGUGAAGAGCAGCUCCCACUUCAACCCAGACCCUGAUGCAGAGACCCUCUACAAAGCCAUGAAGGGGAUCGGGACCAACGAGCAGGCUAUCAUCGAUGUGCUCACCAAGAGAAGCAACACGCAGCGGCAGCAGAUCGCCAAGUCCUUCAAGGCUCAGUUCGGCAAGGACCUCACUGAGACCUUGAAGUCAGAGCUCAGUGGCAAGUUUGAGAGGCUCAUUGUGGCCCUUAUGUACCCGCCAUACAGAUACGAAGCCAAGGAGCUGCAUGACGCCAUGAAGGGCUUAGGAACCAAGGAGGGUGUCAUCAUUGAGAUCCUGGCCUCUCGGACCAAGAACCAGCUGCGGGAGAUAAUGAAGGCAUAUGAGGAAGACUAUGGGUCCAGCCUGGAGGAGGACAUCCAAGCAGACACAAGUGGCUACCUGGAAAGGAUCCUGGUGUGCCUCCUGCAGGGCAGCAGGGAUGAUGUGAGCAGCUUUGUGGACCCGGGACUGGCCCUCCAAGACGCACAGGAUCUGUAUGCGGCAGGCGAGAAGAUUCGUGGGACUGAUGAGAUGAAAUUCAUCACCAUCCUGUGCACGCGCAGUGCUACUCACCUGCUGAGAGUGUUUGAAGAGUAUGAGAAAAUUGCCAACAAGAGCAUUGAGGACAGCAUCAAGAGUGAGACCCAUGGCUCGCUGGAGGAGGCCAUGCUCACUGUGGUGAAAUGCACCCAAAACCUCCACAGCUACUUUGCAGAGAGACUCUACUAUGCCAUGAAGGGAGCAGGGACGUGUGAUGGGACCCUGAUAAGAAACAUCGUUUCAAGGAGCGAGAUUGACUUAAAUCUUAUCAAGUGUCACUUCAAGAAGAUGUAUGGCAAGACCCUCAGCAGCAUGAUCAUGGAAGACACCAGCGGCGACUAUAAGAACGCCCUGCUGAGCCUGGUGGGCAGCGACCCCUGAGGCACAGAAGAACAAGAGCAAAGACCAUGAAGCCAGAGUCUCCAGGACUCCUCACUCAACCUCGGCCAUGGACGCAGGUUGGGUGUGAGGGGGGUCCCAGCCUUUCAGUCUUCUAUUUCCCUAUUUCCAGUGCUUUCCAGCCGGGUUUCUGACCCAGAGGGUGGAACCGGCCUGGGCUCCUCUUCCCAACUUCCUCCAGGUCAUUUCCCAGUGUGAGCACAAUGCCAACCUUAGUGUUUCUCCAGCCAGACAGAUGCCUCAGCAUGAAGGGCUUGGGGACUUGUGGGUCAUUCCUUCCUCCCUGCAGGAGCUUCCCAAGCUGGUCACAGAGUCUCCUGAGCACAGGUUAUACAGACCCCAGCCCCAUUCCCAUCUACUGAAACAGGGUCUCCACAAGAGGGGCCAGGGAAUAUGGGUUUUUAACAAGCGUCUUACAAAACACUUCUCUAUCAUGCAGCCGGAGAGCUGCCUGGGAGCCCUUUUGUUUUAGAACACACAUCCUUCAGCAGCUGAGAAACGAACACGAAUCCAUCCCAACCGAGAUGCCAUUAACAUUCAUCUAAAAAUGUUAGUCUCUAAAUGGAUGAAAAAUUCUCUCGCCAUCUUAAUAACAAAAUAAACUACAAAUUCCUGACCCAAGGACACUGUGUUAUAAGAGGCGUGGGCUCCCCUGGUGGCUGACCAGGUCAGCUGCCCUGGCCUUGCCACCCCUCUGCAUGCAGCACAGAAGGGUGUGACCAUGCCCUCAGCACCACUGUUGUCCCCACUGAACGGCAACUGAGACUGGGUACCUGGAGAUUCUGAAGUGCCUUUGCUGUGGUUUUCAAAAUAAUAAAGAUUUGUAUUCAACUCAAA